AUGCCCCUCUCAAGUCUACCGCCUAAAUCGCGCACUGCAGACCCUUUGCUUGGCGCCGGUGCCCUUCUCGACAUCGGAAUUUACCCUCUCACUUGGGCUUCGCUGAUUUUGGAUCACCUGAGGCAAGCCUCAUCCCCGGAAAAGGUCGAGGAGCCCGAAGUUGUGUCAAGUAUGAGCUUUUGCAACGGAGCCGAUGAAAUGACCAGUGUCAUUUUGAACUACCGGACGCUGAAUAUCCAGGCUAUAUGCACCGCAAGCUACUGUUUCCGAUCAGGCUCAGAGUUUUGUCGUAUUGAGGGUUCAGAGGGUAGUUUUUCUGUUGGAGGCGUCGCUGCGUCAAAGCCGCAAUUCUUGGUCAUCCGAAAGAAAGGGGAGCAAGAAGAAAGAAAAGAGUUCAAAACAGAGGGCUGUGGCUUUUGGUACGAGCAAGAUACCGUGGGCAAAGAUCUACUGGUAGGGAGAAAAGAGAGCUCUGUUAUGCCCUAG